AUGCGUCCGGCGACUGUCCAGGCGUUCCGUACUGCUCGGCGUGCACCAGUAUGGAAAGUCGCCGCUAAACGCCCGUGCCCGCUGUCCUUCUCUCACAUUUCGGUCCGAGGCUUGCGCUCAUAUUCGGGCAGCCGACGCCCUUUUUUCGUUCCAGCUGCUCUCCAGUCCUCCAUGUAUUUCCGCAACUUCUCCCUCGCCGUCAUUUCGACCGUUGUUGCUUCCGGGGCAUGGUAUGCUUAUCAAGGCGACGGCAGCACCCAGUCAUUAGUAACUCAAGUUCGAGGGUUCGCCUCGAGUGCAAUUACAUUCGCUCACGCCGAAAAUCCAUCCGAGUCGGCCCGUCGAGCUCUAUUAGUGAGCAACGAUCAAUUUUAUACCGCCACACUAUCCGGAGACCAACCACUCUCGAAGAAUACCGACGACUCGGACCGACGCGUUCUGAAUAUGUUGACCCCUGAACAAGCCACCGAGAAGCUCCGGAAGAAUGAGGAGUCAUACCUGGUAAACCGUGGGAAGGGGGUGGUUCGGUAUGAUAUUGUUCAGGUUCCAAGUAAUUCGCCCAUUGAGGACGACCACGCGGAGAAGAUCGUCGAGGUUCCAUCAUCCGUGGCAGCCAAUACAAAUGGAGAUGCCAGUAGUGAUUGGAUGUUCUGGGCAGUCUUUGAUGGCCAUUCGGGCUGGACGACAUCUGCCAAAUUACGGAAUGUUCUUAUUUCCUACGUUGCGCGGGAAUUAAACGCCACUUACAAAGCUGCUGCUGCUGAUCCAUCAGCAUUAGUGCCAUCAUCCGAGGCCAUUGAUGCCGCUAUUAAGCAGGGGUUUGUUCGUCUUGAUCACGAUAUUGUGCAUGAGAGUGUCGACAAAGUCCUCAAGUCCAAGUCGCGCCGUAUGGCAGCUGAGCUCCUUGCACCAGCCCUCUCUGGCUCAUGUGCUCUUCUGAGCUUUUAUGACUCUCAAUCUAAAGAUCUCAAGGUUGCGGUUGCCGGUGACUCUCGUGCAGUCCUUGGCCGUCGAGGUCCCAAUGGAAAAUGGACUGCCACAGCACUAUCUGAAGACUUGACUGGUGGCACACCUUCAGAAAUGGAGAGAUUACGUGCAGAGCAUCCUGGGGAGCCCUAUGUUACCCGAAAUGGCCGUAUUCUGGGCGGUCUGGAGCCCAGCCGGGCCUUUGGUGAUGCAUUCUAUAAAUGGAGCCGAGAAGUUCAGGAUAAGAUCAAGCAACAGUUCUUUGGCCGCACUCCUCACCCCCUCUUGAAGACACCCCCUUACGUCACCGCGGAGCCAAUCAUCACCACCACCAAAAUCGACCCCUCCAAGGGAGACUUUAUAGUCAUGGCUACUGACGGUCUUUGGGAAAUGUUGAGCAAUGAGGAAGUUGUGGGGCUGGUUGGACAGUGGCUGGAGCAGCAGCAGUCUGGCAGAGGUGGCUCUAACAAAGCCUGGUUGCAGAGCUGGUUCGGAUUUGACGGUCAAAAGCAAUUGCCUGUGGAGCCAGCGAAGGUAGAAUCUACCGAAGGCCAACGCCGUCCCAUCCGCCAGCAACAGUACGAUAUCUCUGGUGCUGCAGACCGAUUUGUUGUCGAGGAUAAGAAUGCGGCAACGCAUCUCGUGCGCAACGCUAUGGGAGGCAAAGAUAAGGAUAUGGUUUGUGCGUUGUUGACACUACCCAGCCCGUACUCUCGCCGCUAUCGCGACGACGUAACUGUUGAGGUUAUUUUCUUCGGCCAAGGCCCGGACUCACGUACGGGAACCGUGGAGGUCAACCAGGAAGCCAGUGCUUCGGAAGAGCCUCCUAAGGCGAAAUUGUAA